UCGUGACUUCCAAGGUCGCACAAGUUAUGAAUUAUUUAGACAACCAAGGUGCAAUUGAGAAAAUUAAAGCAGUUCUAGCGGAAACAAAAACAGCAUAUGCAUUUGGUUCAUGUCAGAAACGCUCUCUCUAUCCAGAAGAUGUACCUCAUCAUCGUCUUGGCAUAACACUGGCACCAAUAGAUAGGAAUGGAUUUGUUGGACCGACAACCUAUGACAUUCAAACUUCAAUGGCUGAAAAGUUCAAUAAGAAGAGUAUCAGUACUCGUGGAUAUAUAUUAGGAGCUAGAACAGCCUGUAGAAUGAAUAAUCACAUGUGUAAUUCAAAUUAUCCAGAUCCUGGAGUUUAUCAAGAUUUUGUGAACAAAUCUUUAUCGGUUAAACCAAAUAAAAUACCAUUUAAUCAGUCUACAUCUAGAACAGAUAAAUCACUAAUUGAUGUAUCAACUCCUGGUGUUGGUACUUAUGAUGUAACCAAACAAUUAGGUCAACAUAUACAAUGGAAAAUGGAUACCAUGUUAAAUCCAGUGAAUAUGCCUAAAAUUCAAUACAAUAGUACAAUAUUAAUGAAUACAGAUAAACUUAAUACAACUACUGAAUGUAAACGAUAUCAAAGAAAAUUAGCAUAUUUAAAAUUAUAUUUUAAUUGAAUGGAAUGAUUUAAACAAUUAGAUACUAUUUGAAUGAUGAUGAUGAUGAUGAUGAUGAAUUAGAGGAAGUAGAAAAGAAAAGGAAACUGAUCAAUGUGAUUCUGUACAGUUAGUCUGUAUAACAAUUGUGUUACUAAGACUAAAAUGAAUAAAAUAAAUAUUAAAAUUUUUUU